GGGAAAGUGAUAGAAACAGAGUGAGUGUGAGAGUGUGUGAGAGAGAGUGAGGUAGAGUCUCUCCUCGUCUCCGGUGCUGCGUGCAUUCGGAGCUGCCAUGAAUCCCGCCGCCGCGUUUCCGAUCUUGAUCUCCGCGCUGCUGCUGCCCGCCCACGGCCUCUACAUCGCCAGUAGCCUAGAUUCCCUGCAGCACGUGCUGGGGGACUAUGGACUGGUGAGGCCCGUGCUGAGCGACGCGCACGGCCGCUUCUUGUCGCACGCGGUAUCGGCAGGCGCAGCACGCGGGCAGUUCCGUAGGCGCUGGCGAAGAGAGGCGGAAACGCCCGACGAGCCGCGAGGAGACGACGAGAGGCUCUACUACAACGUCACCGUCUUCGGCCGGGAGUUCCACAUGCGCCUGCGCCCCAACACGCGCCUGGUGGCUCCCGGAGCCAAGAUGGAGUGGCAAACGCCGGGCGGCACGCGCUCGAAGACGUUAAACAUCGACUGCAUGUACGUGGGCGACAUCACGGACGUACAAGGAGCCUCGGUGGCAAUCAGCAACUGCGACGGCCUGGCGGGGAUGAUCCGAACUGAGAAGGAGGAGUUCUUCAUCGAGCCGGUAGAGACGGGACAUCAUGUGAUGGAGCAGGAGGACGGUGGCGGCGGUCGUCCUCACAUCGUGUACCGUUCUGCUGCUGUGAAGAAGCCUCCCACCAGCCCGCUAGCUGCAGACCUUCAUUCCAGAGGUGCCGAUCUUGGAGGUCUCCUGGAUCUGGAGACUCUGUACGAAGGAAUAGAGCGGAGCGUGAACCAGACGCGGAGAUCUCGACGUCAGUCUCCCGAGCGAGCCUACAACAUCGAGGUGUUGCUCGGGGUCGACGAUUCGGUGGUGCAGUUCCAUGGGUCGCAACAUGUCGAGAAGUACCUGCUUACGCUCAUGAACAUCGUGAAUGAAAUCUACCACGACCAUUCUCUGGGAGCGCGGAUUAAUGUGGUUCUGGUACGGAUUGUCCUGGUAGAUGCCAAAAAGUCCACGAAUCUGAUCGAGCUGGGAAACCCGUCUCAGAGUCUGGAGAACGUUUGCCGCUGGGCGUUCGAGCAGCAGAGGAAGGACACUAAUGACAAAGACUACCAUGACCACGCCAUUUUCCUUACACGCCAAGAGUUUGGACCAACAGGGAUGCAGGGUUACGCUCCUGUAACUGGUAUGUGCCACCCAGUGCGGAGCUGCACUCUCAACCACGAGGACGGCUUCUCUUCUGCCUUCGUAGUGGCCCACGAGACCGGUCAUGUGCUGGGAAUGGAGCAUGAUGGUCAGGGGAAUCAAUGUGGGGAUGAGGUGCAGAUGGGCAGCAUCAUGGCUCCCCUGGUGCAGGCCGCCUUCCACAGAUUCCACUGGUCGCGCUGUAGCAAACAGGAACUGAGCCGCUAUUUACACUCAUAUGACUGCCUGAGGGACGAUCCAUUCGAGCACACAUGGGAGGAGCUGCCCCAGCUGCCCGGCCUGCACUACAGCAUGAAUGAGCAGUGUCGCUUUGACUUUGGUGCCGGAUACAUGAUGUGCACUGCGCUGCAAAAGGUGGGGCCAUCAGGAGCGCAGUACCGUCCCUUUGACCCAUGUAAGCAGCUGUGGUGCGCUCAUCCAGACAAUCCGUUUUUCUGCAAGACCAAAAAAGGACCGCCGAUCGACGGAACGAUAUGUGGAGACGGCAAGCACUGCUUUAAAGGACACUGUGUGUGGUUAACUCCAGACAUCAUAAAGCGAGAUGGGAACUGGGGCAUGUGGAGCGAGUACGGUGCCUGCAAUCGGCUCUGCGGCAGAGGACUGCAAUUCCGCACUCGCGCUUGUGACAAUCCACGUCCUGCUAAUGGUGGACGCACCUGCCCAGGCUCGAACUACCAGUUCAGAGUGUGUAACACUCAUGAUUGUGAGGACCCGUACCGGGACUACAGGGCCGAGCAGUGCAGCUCCAUGGACAGCAAGUUUGAGUACCACAACAUGAAACACCACUGGCUGCCUUAUGAGCACCCUGACCCUAAGCAGCGCUGCACCUUGUACUGCCAGUCCAAAGAGACACGUGUGGUGGUGAACAUGCAGGAGCUGGUGGAACCGGGCAGCCGCUGCUCCUACAAAGACCCCUACAGCGUCUGUGUAUAUGGCGAGUGCGAGAAAUUGGGCUGUGAGAACGUGGUGGGUUCACCGCUCCAGGAGGACAAGUGCGGUGUGUGUGGGGGGGAUGGAACCAGAUGCAAGACUCACAGGUUCAACUUCACCUUCACUGAUAAGAAAGGUGUUAUUAAAGUGCUUGAAAUUCCUAGAGGAGCGAGGCAUCUGCUUAUCCAGGAACUCAACGGAACUGCUAAUAUUUUGGCUGUGAAAAACAAAGCAACCGGCGAUUUCUUCCUGAACUCUCAUGGAGAUUACCCAGAAACCCGUUCGGUCAUUGAGAAAGGGCUGGAAUGGCAGUACGAGAACAAGAAUUACAAAGACAGCAUUCAGACCAACGGACCUCUGAAGAACGAUGUCGUUAUCAUGAUCCGGAUGCAUAGUUCAGCAAAGGCGAAGGUUUCAGUCAAAUACAUUACCGACUUUGAUCAACUGAGCGACAGAGCCAACGAGAACAACAUGGUGCCUGACAAUGCAGUGCCCUACUCCUGGGUGGUUAAGAAGUGGACUCCCUGCUCCAAGACCUGCGGGACAGGUACACAGAUGACACGCUAUGGUUGCCGUAAGAACGCUGAGAUGAGGCUGGUGCACAGGCGCUUCUGUGAGAAAAUCAAAAAGCCUUCUGUCAUUUUCAGGGACUGCUAUCUACGAGAAUGCGCUCAGCCCAUCUGGGUGAGUGGGGAUUGGGGUGAGUGCAGUAAGUCCUGUGGUAGAUUUGGGACUCAGACACGCUCAGUGCGCUGCGUUCAGCCGCUCAGUGAUGGAAAGUUCAAGUCGAUCCGGAGUCGAUACUGCAGCGAUGAACGUCCUGAGGCGAGACGCGACUGCAACCGCAUGCUCUGUCCUGCUGAGUGGAAACUAGGGCCAUGGUCACAGUGUUCGGUGACAUGCGGCAAAGGGACUCAAGAGAGGCAGGUGCUCUGUCAUACUCGUGACAAUACCAUCGGACUGUGUUUGGAAUCCAAACCUCUGGCACUGAGAUCCUGCAGCAUGGACCCAUGCCCAAAGGGCAUGUCGGACUUCAAUAAGCACGGCAACUUCCUGAUUCAGUGGCUGUCGCGUCAUGACCCUAAAUACCCGGUGCAGAGGUUCUCAAGCUCCCGGUGUCGUACUGACCGCUCUAUGUUGUGCAAGAUGGCGAUGCUCCAGCAAUAUUGCAUGAUACCUGCGUUCCAGCGCAUCUGCUGCAAAUCCUGCAGCGCUGACAACACGACGAGCAUCGCUGUCGCUACACCGACGGGGUUGACUCUAACUACGUCAGAAGUAAGCACGAUAAGCCAAGGUUUCACUGUGAACACCACAAGUCCUCCAUUGGGAAGAAGUAUCACAGAAGGCAUUGCAUAUACAGAAUAUAACCCCUGGGAAUAUACGAUCCUGACAACAGGCACUAAGGUUGAAGCUACGACUCCAAGCGUAAUGCACAUAAACACAGCAAGCAGCUUCUUCGCAGAGCCAAACACACCAACGCCGGUCGCCAUGACAACCCAGACUACAAGCGGUAACGUCACCUUGUCGGUUAUAGAUGUUACGAUACACAACGCUGAUACAGAUAACAAUAGCGUCAAUGGACUGGAUGAGUUACACGUCACUACGGUAACUAGCCCCACUGCUGACCCUGAUCAAUCCCAAUUCGAAAGAGAUGCCAAUCGUGAAAAUGUGGGAACGCUGAUCCAAACCAGUGGGGAUGAUGAGUUAACCACUUCAGGCUGGCAUGAGAGUGAAACAGUCACUAAUAUCAGCAUGGCUCUAAUAUUAACAACACUAAUGCCAUCUUUUGAAGAAACAUCAAACCCUAACGGAAGUAUUGAACAAUUAACAUCAUCCAUGAUCAUGUCAACCACAGCGACAACGACCACUUCAUCACCGACGAUACACAAGGUGACAACAACCAGGCCAACCAACAAAGAGGAGGAAAACAAUGCCAUUGAGGUCCAUUACCAAAUUCCUGGUGUGGAUAUUGAGUUCCCUGAGAACAACAUCAUUCCCAGAAGAGGACGCGUCUUCCUACGGGAACGAACGCGCAACAAACGGAUCCAGGAGCUUCUGGAAGAAAAAAGGAACUUUUUACGCCGAAUGAAACGAGCUCAGGGCUUUUAAAGCUUGCUUUCUCUUAUAGAGAGACAUAAAUAUCAAUGCUACUUUUAACUCCACACAAUAUUUUGGUGCUUGGGUCAAGAACUGGAAAAGCAUACUGUACUAUAUGUGCUUCCCGUAUUACAGAGCAAACUGAACAUUGUGGAGACAAAAACCACUAGCAAAUGUUUGCACAGUAGCUUUGAGCACAAGGAAACCCAUUUUUUUGGAAUGGGCUACAAAAUCAGAGGUCAUACUGUAGGUUUGAGUGAGAUCUCUAAUCUAAUUUUUCUUUGCAUGCCACAUCUAGAAGGCAUGUUAACACGUAAAGCUAUGAGUAAUAAAACUACACUAUAUGGGCCAUAACAACCAAAUCUGGUUCUUCCUUAAACUGUUGCCACUAAACUGGACACACAAACGUAUAAAAUGUCUGUAGUCUGUAGCCUUAAACUUCCCCUUCACUGGAACUAAGAAGCCUGAACAUGAGCUCCAGGAACACAUGGUGUGUUAAGGUAGGACUUGAAGAACCUUUGGAAUAAACUGGAACUCCCCAGACCCUCUAAAUGAUCUCUAAUCCCUACAGCCACACUCGGAAAAUCUUCCUCCCCGGAAUAUCGACGCUUAAUCUUAACUUUCUGUUAAUCUGGUCAUGUGUCUACAAAUUUUUGACCAGAUAGUCACUGGAUGUCAACAGGAUGUCAACAGGACAGGACAAGUUGAGAAUAUUUCUAAGAUUAAAUGGAUGUAAUUAUGGUUUGGAUACAAUUGACAUGACCAGUGCAUUGAAACAGGCUGAUAAUUGUAAUGAUAAGAUUUAAAUUAUUAAUAUAAACUUUUUUAUGGUCAGUUAUGAUUUCCAGCACAUAAAGUAAACAUUUUGUCCCCUCUGGCUUUGCUUCAUUGGCUCAUAUGCAGCAAGUUGAACUCUAACCACACACACACCACAUCUCUCAUACACACUUUACGCCAUUACACCGAACACUGAAUUUAGUUUGCCGAUAUACACAAAAAUCGUGGUGGCUAAUUGGCUAAGGUGUUGGUCUACCAAUUGGAAGGUUGUGAGUUCAGAUCCACCAAGCUCUCAUCCACCAAGCUCUAAUCUCCUCUCCUCUCUUCUCUAUUCUUUUCUUCUCCUCUCCUCCUCUCAUCUCAUCUCAUCUCAUCUUUUCUCCCCCCUCUCUUCUCAUCUCAUCUCUUCUCUUCUCCUCUCUUUUCCUUUCUUCUCCCCUCAUCUCUUCUCCUCUCCUCUCUUCUCCUCUCAUCUCAUCUUUUCUCCUCUCCUCUCUUCUCCUCUCAUCUCCUCUCUUUUCCUCUCUUCUCUCCUACUCUCUUCUCCUCUCCUCUUCUCCUCUCUUCCUCUCCUCUCCUCUCUUCUCAUCCUCUCUUCUUCUCUCCUCUCCUCCUCUCCUCCUCUCCUCUCCUCUCAUCCUCUCUUCUUCUCUCCACCUCUCCUCUCCUCUCCUCCUCUAUUCUCCUCUCUUCCUCUCUUUUCCUCUCUUCUCUCCUCCUCUCUUCUCCUCUCCUCUCUUCUCAUCCUCUCUUCUUCUCUCCUCUUCUCCUCCUCUCUU